AUUGCAGCCUCUACACAAUUUCCAGUAUCUUCUGUUUCGCUUCCUGUAUAUGGUGGUAAGAAUAAGCAAAACUACUUUUAUAAUAACUUACUCGAUGGGCUCCUACUUACUCUUAUUGUAAAGUAGUUUUAAACGUUAACAAGACCGGAGAGAUGAACUCGCGACAACUAAGAACAACCCCAACUAGUGACCCGAAGAGGGACUUGGAGCUGGGGAGACUGAGAUGAAAUCGAGCGUCACCGUUAAGACACGAAGCAUUUUGACGUUGAAUAUGUAUCGCGCCAUAAAGUGCUUCAAAAAAUGGCUUGACUUGAUUUGGUCGUGUAUGUACAACUGAAACAUUUGCAGAGAUUACCGGCCUAGUAGCUUAUAUUCAGUCAUGAAGGUCUUUAUGGGACUUUCUCUCAUUUGACCUAUGGUGUAUUCAGGUAAUGAGAAGCAAAAAUAUAACUAUGCAUAAACUUGCAGUACUCAUAGGUAGGCUCAUUCAUUGUUAUCUUUUAUCGUGAGUAGAAUCUCUUGAAGGGCGUCAAUUUACUUCCCUAAACUCAGUAAAUAAAACGCAACUUUUUAUACAUCAGGUGUGAGAUUGGUUGGAGGAGGGUGGCCUGGAGAGGGCAGAGUGGAGAUCUAUUACCGAGGUAGCUGGGGAACUGUUUGUGAUGAUGGCUGGGAUAUAAAUGAUGCGCGAGUUGUCUGUCGUCAACUUGGGUAUCCUUCUGCUGUCAGUGCUCCACACAGGGCACGGUUUGGCCAAGGAAGUGGAAAGAUUUGGCUGGACAAUGUUCAGUGUCAGGGAUAUGAAAGUUCCAUUGGGAAUUGUCGGCACCCUUCAUGGGGUGUUCAUGACUGUGGUCACAGUGAGGAUGCAUCUGUGGUCUGCUCGAGUAAGUAUAAUAUUUAUUUAUGGUGAACAACUUAAUUGGCUAUUCGCCGAACAUGGAACGACCGAAGUAGUUAAAACUAUGCCUGUCCUGAUUGUGCUCUGAACCCUUUGAGCAAUUUUUUGCCGGUUCUAGCAACCUUGAGCAAUUUUUAGCCGUUCUGGGCAAUUUUGAGCAAAAUAUAAGUUUAGAGCACAUAUCAAGCACGAAAAAGUGAAAAAAGGCACUUCGGCCUUCAGUUCCACACUUUGACUUCAGUAGGUAUUAGGUAUUAGGUAUUUUAUUUAUUUGCCACACGAUUACGAUAAUUACAAAAAGAUGCCAAAAGAAAAAAAUGUAGGAAGAGAUGGCGAGGAGGCCUAAAAGAAACUAUAGAGCUUAUGUUAAUUAGGCCUCCUCAAUUAUAAUUUUUCGAAGAUAGUAUAAAAAUUACGGCGACGGAUACAACAUAAUAUGAGGUGAAAAAUUAAACUAAUCAAUAUUACGGAAGUUUACAAAUGUUGAAUAUUAAAAGGCUUUUUCCCAAAAUUUUUGUUGGAGUAUACUAAUAAUUAUUACAAAUAAAUGCCUUAAGUGCUCUUUUAAAGGAGAAAGGUGAGGAAGCGUUGAUGAUGUUGGUGUUUAAGGUGUUGUAAAAUUUAGGUCCUUGAUAAAAAACGGAAAAUUGUUUGGUUCGAGUACGACAGAAAGGCAGACGAAAUUUACACGAGUUUCUUGUAUUAUACGAAUGAAUUUGACUUUGUAAGGUAAAUUUACAAUGAAAUUUUAAAGGUAGAGUAUGGUUUUGAUAGGAGUACAUGAAUAAGCCUAGUUGUAUUAAGUAUAUAUCAUGAAAUUUUAAGAUACCAAGAUUUUGAAAGAUUGGAUCAGUAUGUGCAUCGAAAGUUGUUUUAGCUAUAGUUCUGAUCACUCGUUUCUGUAAAAUCUCAAGACGAAUAAGGUUAGUUCUGUAAGUAGAGGCCCAAACUAAGUUGCAAUAAAAAAGGUAUGGAUAGACUAGAGAAAAAUAUAGUGUUCGUAAGGUUUUCGUGGAUAAAUAGAAACUGGAUUUACGAAUAAUUCCUGUGCAUUUAGAAACUUUAUUGGCGACAUGUGAGAUUUCAGAUUUCCAAUUUAAAUUUUCAUAGUAGAGAAUCAUAACCUGAUCACUGAUGAGGAUUUGUUCUUGUUUUAACAGACUAUUCAAUCCCUUUACCUUCUGCAAGUUCAGUCUCACCUACAGCAGGUAAUUGCAAGUUUGUGCAAUAA